AGGCACCGCCUACACUGUGCACUUGCUCUAACAUUUGUACAGGAGCAGCUUCGCCGUAAAUUUGAGUUUCAUCAUUAGUCUUCUGUCACAAUGCUGGGUUUGAGAUUUGUAUUGACGAAGUCUUUAGUUUGCAAUCUCAGGCCACAGCUUGCAAGUGCGAGUUUUCUGCAUACGUCAGCUAACGUGAAAGGUGCAAAGGUUGCUGUAGUUUUAUCAGGCUGUGGUGUAUAUGAUGGGACAGAAAUCCAUGAGGCCUCAGCCAUUCUGGUUCAUCUGAGCAGAGGAGAUGCAGAUGUAAAGAUGUAUGCUCCCAAUGAAAACCAAAUGCAUGUUAUUGACCAUUGCAAGGGUCAGCCUACAGAAAAGGAGUCAAGAAAUGUUUUGUCUGAAUCGGCACGUAUUGCCCGAGGGAAUAUCACUGAUAUGGUGGAACUAAAGGUGCAAGACCAUGAUGCUGUAAUCUUUCCAGGAGGCUUUGGUGCAGCUAAAAACUUGUCCACAUUUGCAGUUGAUGGAAAGGAUUGCAAAGUCCACUCAGAAGUACAACGAGUUUUGAAAGAUUUUCACAAAGCUGGAAAACCCAUAGGGCUAUGCUGUAUAUCUCCUGUAUUAGCUGCAAAAGUACUUCCAGGAGUGGAGGUGACCAUUGGUCAUGAAGAUGACGAAGGAGGGAAGUGGCCAUAUUCUGGUACAGCGCAGGCCAUUAAGUCUCUAGGUGCGAAGCACUGCGUCAAAGAAGUUCACGAAGCGCAUGUGGAUAAGAAGAACAAGAUUGUCACCUCUCCAGCUUUUAUGUGUGAGACAAAGUUGCACCACAUCUUUGAUGGCAUUGGUGCCAUGGUGCAGAAUGUGUUAAAACUGACUGAAAAGUAAGAGAGUUUUCAUUCCUUCAUAAUCCAUAUUGUGGAUUCAUUUGCAUUUUCAAUUUGUCAGUUUCAUGUACAAUGAUGUGCUGGUCAUGGUGUGGUUUCAAUACUGUAUAAAAUCACUUCAGUUUAGAUUUCUAUAUUAUGAAUUGUUUGCCUAUUUUAAUUAAUUUGUACACACAAUUGUAUUCCCAUUAUAAAAACAAAUAAAUAUUCUGGGUAUAACUAUU